AUGGCGUCGCAACUGGCCAUGCCCUCGGUGGCGUGCCGUCCCCAGGUGGCCGCGGCGCCCUCGCGCGCGCGGCACGCCCCCGUGAAUUGUGUGGCUCGCCGGGCGGCCGUCGUCGCGCGCGCGGGGCUCGACGAGAGCAAGCUCGGGCUCACCAGCGUAAACUUGGAGCGGGGGGGCAAGUCGGCGCCUGCGGGGACGAGCAGCGCGCCCAAGAAGGCCGAGAAGCCCAAGGAGGUCGAGCUCAAGUCCGAGCUGGGCAUCGACUACAGUGCGUUGAAGAAGGCGCUCGACGAGGGGCGGUUCCAGGACGCGGACGACGAGACGCGGUCGCUGCUGAUCCGCCAGGCGGGCGCGGAGGCGGUGGCGCGCGGGUGGGUGUACUUCACGGAGGUCCGGAACAUCCCCGCCGCGGACCUGCAGACGGUGGACAACCUGUGGCGCGCGGCCAGCAACAACAAGUUUGGCUACACGGCUCAGAGGGAGGUGUGGAUCCAGAACCGGCGGCAGUGGCCGCGGUUCUUCAAGGCGAUCGACUGGGUGUUCGUGGAGAACAACCACUACCGCAAGUGGCCCGGGGAGUUCAUCUACUCGACGGACGCCAAGAAGGGACACCUCCCCCUGACGAAUGCCCUCCGGGGGACUCAGCUCUUCCAGGAAAUCAUGGAACACCCCGCGUUCAACAAGCCGAAGGCCUCCCUCGGCUCCUCCUCCUCUAGCUCCUCUUCGGGGUCCUCCUCGGCCCCCAAGGCCGGCGGCGAGAAGCCCGCUUGGCUCAAGUGA